ACCCCUUGAUCUGUGGACAAAAAACAAAUGGUGGUGUGGCAUUCAUUUAAAGUGGGAGGACUAAUAAGAACCAUUAAUCUAACAAAAAAGAAAAAAGGCAAAAAGUGAUGGUUCGAUGUGGGAUAAACGAACAAUUCAUUCUCUCUAUCUGGUAAAGAAAUUGCAGAAGGUGGCAAAUUAUGGCCACCUUCGGCAAUGAUAGUUCAUCAGCCUACGGUCAUCAGCAUACCUCCUUGUAUAAGGGUCGUCACGAGUUGAUUUGCCUCCCAGAACAGGGAGUGAGAUCCCGAGGCAUAUUCAAUGGAGAUAAUCCUUUCGACUAUGUUUGUCCUGUAGUCUUUACCCAAAUCUUCCUCUAUGUUUUGUUUUCCAGACUUAUUUACUUGUUUCUUAGGCCACUCGGACAAUCCAAAUUUGUCUGCAAUGUCCUGGCUGGAAUUAUCUUAGGACCAUCUGUGCUAGGACGAAUAGAUACAUUGAGGGAGAAACUAUUCCCACCAAGAGAGAGUGAAUUUCUAAGCACAGCUGCAUCAAUCGGUUCCAUAUACUCCAUAUUCCUAAUCGCGGUGAAAAUGGACAUGGACAUCAUUGUAAGGGCCGCAAGAAAUGCAUGGAGGAUCGGUAUAACAGGCUUCGUAUUACCUCUCAUAGUGAGUUAUGCAAGUCUUCGUCCUCUAGCUGAUAAAUUUCAAGAAGUCAUGAAAGGGACUUUCCUUUUCUAUGUGGCCUUGUCAUUGUCCUUCUCUUAUUUUCCUGUCAUAGCCGAAUCUUUGCAGGAGCUGAACCUCGUAAAUUCCGAAUUAGGACAUCUCGCAAUGUCUUCCGCGAUGCUCAACGACGUUAUCCAAUGGUUCUUCAUAGCAUUGUCGGUCAUCCUUCGACAAGAAAAUACCGGCCAAGCUGUUGGAGCUCUGGUGUGUUUCUUAGCAUUGGUAUUUCUUAGCGUACAAGUAAUAAGGCCGGCAGUUGUAAUGGUUAUAAAGAAUACACCAGAGGGAAAACCUGUGCGUGAGAUUUAUAUUAUUACACUGCUAGUAGGUGUUUUAGUUAUGGCAUUUUUGUCCGACAUCGUAUUAGGAUCAAGCAUGGCUGGUCCUUUGUUUCUGGGGUUAGCCAUACCAGAUGGACCACCCCUCGGCGCAGCCCUUGUAGAGAAAUCUGAAUACAUAAUUUCGGAGUUUUUCAUGCCGUUGUUCUUUAUGCAUGUUGGCUACACUGUGGAGCUUUGUUCCGUUAAGGAUUGGAGAUCUUUUCACAGAUUUCAGUUCACUUUUAACGUGGGAUGUCUUGCAAAGCUUUUUGGAACGAUGCUCGCUGCGCUAUGCUGCAAAAUCAAGUUCAGAAAUGCUCUCUUGCUUGGCUUGAUUAUGAAUGUCAAGGGAAUACUUGAGAUUAUCGUUUUUCAUAAAUGGAAAUCCAUGAAGUACAUAGACGAACAAACAUAUACUCAACUGGUAGUUUCAACAGUGGCUAUAACUUUCUUGGUAGCCCCACUCAUAAAACUUCUAUCCAAUCCACAAUCAAGGCUCGGUCCGGUUGUCAAGCACAGAGGCCUCAGGACACUCAAUUCCAUUCCCCGCAACUCCGAAUUCCGCGUUCUCUGCUGUGUCCACCACGAAGAAGGUGUGAACAGCAUUGUCAAACUCCUCGAAGCCGCGAGCGCAUCGAUUUCGAGCCCAAUCUGUUCAUACAUUAUCCACGCCGUCGAGCUCGUCGGACGUACCUCUCCCCUCCUCUUACCAUUCCACAGCCACAGAAGGCAGCAAUUCAGGCCCGCAAUUUCCACUAAAUCCGAAACGAUCUUCAGAGCUUUCGAAAAUUACACUAGAGUAUCAAAAGGUCAUGUUUCCGUCCAACCCUACACCAUGAUCGCUCCGUACAAGACAAUGCACGAAACCCUCUGUCGUCUCUCACAUGACAAGCUCAUACCUCUCAUCAUCGUCCCUUUCCAUCAGAACCAGCAAUAUCUAAUCAGCAGAAGCGUCGCGGCUUCCAUACACCAAUUCAAUGUGAACUUGCAGAUGUUCGCACCUUGCACCGUCGGAAUUCUCGUCAACAGGAGCUUCACUUUGUCGGCGAUCACCGCGAGUUUCUCGUACCGCGUCGCGGUGAUCUUCAACGGAGGACCGGACGACCGGGAGGCCUUGGCUUUCGCAUCACGAAUGUCGGACCACGAGGAUGUGUCUGUCACGGUGGUGAGGAUCAUCAACUUGUGGACGACGAAGAAUGGCUACCAGGAAAGCGAAGAUCGGAAACGGGAGAGGAAGAUGGACGAUGCGGCCGUGGAGGAGUUCAAGAUGAAGAGCGUGGAGAAUGAGUUUGUUGUUUGGAAAGAGGUGGAGGCCGAGGACGAUGUGGAGGUGGUGAAUGGGAUUCGGAGUUUGCAGAGCGGUUUUGACCUCGUUAUGGUCGGACGGAGACGGUGGAAUAGUGCCGAGACCGUCGGAGACGAUGAGAUUUCUGAUUUUGUCGAGAAUCCGGAGCUUGGAGUGAUCGGCGACAUGCUGGCUUCGGCGGAUUUUUGGGGUGGAAUGGUGUCGGUGUUGGUGAUGCAGAGUUGUGGAGGUGUACGGGCAAAAGGGUCUACUCGGAGUAACUCUAUGAAAUUGUACUACGUAAUGGAAAAUAGAAAGGAAGUUGAUUCAUCUUUUGGUUGAAAAAAAAAAAAAACUAAUGUAUUUUUGGGAGGGCACUGUGUUUAAUUUUGUUUGUAUGCAGUUUUCUUUCUUAUAUUUUUUGCAGAUAAAAAAUGGAUGUGUAAAUAUCAGGAACUUUUCAUGCUAUAAUAUUUUGGGAUUUUUACAAAUUAUUAGAAAA